AUGGACUCCUUGGAUACUCGGCUACCCCUGCACAACUCAGAGUUUUCUCUGGAAGCCGAAGGAAACUCAAUAACAGUUGUAAGCCACACCUCCGUCGCCGAAUUUUCCCUAUCAACUGAAACCAAAUGGAAAACUGCCACGGUCAUCGUACCCACAAAAUGCGAGAUCUACGCCUCCGAAGCAAAAGGCUGCUACAACUGCCUCCAAGGAGCAAAGCUGGUCUUCACAUGCACUUCCAAAAUUAGAACCAUUACGGAAGUUGCUUGCACUGACCAUCACUACACCAUAGACUGCGGACCAAAACCAAUUAACACGACUGUGGUGAUCAAUUCCAAAACAGCCAACUACGCUGCUCACUGUAGCACCCAAUGCGGAUUGCAAAAACAUGAUUUACAAAUCAGCGGAUUGCUUUAUUACCACUCCAUAUGGAAAGACGAUGUGGAACGCGCCAGCAUCGAAAACGCUAACUACGUGGAUUUAAUAAACAUUCCUGACCUUAGCAACAUAGCACAGGUUAUGUUCCAUUAUUGGACUACUUCGCUUACAGCAGCAGCUGUCGUAGCAUUGUCCGUAGCUGCAACGCUGAUUUUUGGACCUGCUCUAUUUCGCAAAUGCUUGCCCUUCUAA